CAAAGAACCUUGUUUUACGCCUGUUUUCAUUUCUCUUUCUUCCUUCCAAUUACGCGUGCUCCACUAAUUUAUUAUAAUUCUCAACCGAUUGAUAUUAUAUUUGGCCGUUACUUUCUCCGUAUUUUAGGGUUUAAUCGAGGAAUAUAUCUACAUCACGGAGACGUGAAGUCAAAUCCUUGAAGCUGAAUUUGUUGAGGAACUUCAUGCUUUGGUUUGGAUUUGGAAUUUGCAGUUUUUUUCAAAAUCUCUUAUAGUAGAAGGUCCCAAUUUUUGGGUAUUUAAGUGUUCAUUCUUGGUUCCUUCUGCUCUAAUUUGCUCAAAGGCUGCAGUCAAUGCAUAAAGGCUGAGUUGGAAUUUAAUCUCUCUACAAAUGAAUGUAUCAUUUGUGCUAAAUUUAUAUAAAUCAUCUGGCACAUUGCGUUCCCAUAUAUAGUGUUGUAUUUCACCGGGUGGUAUUCCUGGCAUCAACAUCUGAGAGGACAGAUUCAGAAGAAUAUACCUUUUUCAGAUAUGAAAGUAGCCAUGUGAGGAUCAUAUAGUGCUUUGUUGACCUAUUUGGCUUCUUAAACAAAGAUUGGUUUAUUUAUCUUAUGGUUAUUUUAUGAGAUCAGGGUUUUAACAUGAAGGCUGGCAUCUAAUUUCAUCCAGGGCUGGGUUUUGGCAUACAUAUACAUUAUUUGUUAAAUCUAAAGAAAUGGCCUUAAAGUUGCACGUUCUUAUACUGCCAUUGCUUAUUAUUUUUGUGUGGAAUGGUUCUGCUACUAUUGCAAAAUCAGACAACAUAAUUGUUCAAAGGAUGAUAAGUGCUCCGCGGAGAGAUAUAGAGAGCACAGUUAUUGAUGGUUCAGGCAAAGAGGUUGGACUUCAUAGUCCUGGGGUUAUUUUCCACGGAUUUGAUGAGAGGAAAGUUGGUAGCAACAAAGUUUCACUAUUUACAGUUGCAUGGCUUACUCUUGCUAUGGCUGCUGCAACUGGCUUGGGUGCAGUUCCUUUUUUCUUUGUGGAACUAGAGCCUGAAUGGGCAGGUGUGUGCAAUGGUUUGGCUGCCGGAGUGAUGCUGGCUGCUAGCUUUGAUUUGGUACAGGAAGGGCAAAGCUAUGGUGGUGGCAAUUUAGUGGUUAUUGGAAUUAUGAGUGGAGCAGUUUUUAUUUUACUUUGUAAGAAGGUUCUCGAAAGAUACGGCGAAGUAAGCAUGUUAGAUCUAAAAGGUGCUGAUGCAAGUAAGGCUAUACUGGUCAUCGGAAUAAUGACAUUGCAUUCCUUUGGCGAAGGUUCAGGCGUUGGGGUAUCAUUUGCUGGGUCAAAAGGAGUUAACCAAGGCCUUUUUGUAACUCUAGCAAUAGCUGUGCAUAACAUACCUGAAGGUUUAGCUGUGAGUAUGGUUCUUGCAUCACGAGGGAUUUCUCCACAUAAUGCCAUGCUGUGGAGUUUCAUUACAUCUUUGCCUCAGCCCAUUGUUGCAAUUCCAUCUUUUCUCUGUGCUGAUGCUUUUCACAAAGUUCUACCAUUCUGUACUGGUUUUGCUGCUGGGUGCAUGAUAUGGAUGGUGAUUGCAGAAGUUCUUCCGGAUGCUUUCAAGGAAGCCUCCCCAUCAAAAGUAGCUUCAUCUGGUACACUUGCUGUGGCAUUCAUGGAAACCCUCAGCACAGUGCUCCAAGCUUUCAGCGGCGGCAACAAUUUGGCAGAUGCUUCUGCCUUCCUGGUGUCACUAUUAUUUGGCCUUGGCCCAUUAAUCGGAGGCAUCAUUCUCAUCAAUUUUUCUCUUUUCUUGCGCCUUCCACACCCUCUACUAUCAGGUAUCUCCUCCGGCAUUGCGUUGCUCAUUGCUGCUUGGAGGCCCCUGCAGUUACUUCUAUCAUCAAAGAUGAGUUUUUUCACACUUGCUCUGCUUCUCGCCGCUGGUUCUGGUUUCUUCCAUGUGUCCACUUCAACGCUCUUGAAGUUGGGGCGCCAUAAGAAAUCUUCAGUCAAUAAUCUCCAAACUUCUGGCCUUUCUCUGAGCACCCUAACCCUUCAAUCUAUAUUUGCCUGUGUUGCCAUCUCAUUGCAUGCCUUUGCUGAAGGGCUGGCACUUGGUGUAGCUGCCCCAAAAGCUUAUGGGCUUGGGCGACACUUGGUACUCCCGGUUUCUCUCCAUGGUCUCCCACGAGGAGCAGCAGUGGCAAGUUGCAUUUUUGGUGCCACUGAUAGUUGGAGGGGAGCCCUUGUUGCUGCAGCCAUGACUGGUCUUGCUGGACCUAUCUCUGCUAUUUGUGCUAUACUUGCUGGAAUCAACUACAACGGGCUUGAUCACUGGAUGGUUUUUGCCUGUGGAACCUUGAUUCCAAGCUUCGGAAUUGUGUGUAAGCGAGCUCUAAGGUUAGAUAAACCUAAGAGCAUUUAUGGGUUUAUGAUUGGGCUUGGAUUUGCAUGUAUAUGUUUGAUGUCCACAAGACUUGUCUGCCUACACACUCCUUACUGCAACUCUGCCCCUGAAGCUGUCACAUGAAUCUGUAGGUUUGGAGGGUUCCAUCUCGAUUUCUAAAGCACUUGAUCCCAUUGAAUAUUAGCAGGGCUUGGAAGGAUGAAUUUAGAUUAGAUUGUUUUAAAGGGAAAGAAUGGCAGCUUAGUUGAUUGAGGUAAGGAUGAUGGUUUGGCUUAGUAGUUGAUUCUCAUUUACAUUUAGAUUAGUUUCAUAUACCUCAAUGAAGUGAAUAUAUAUGAAAAACUCUUAUGAAUAUUAUUGAUCUGAAUGGAUUUUUUUUUUUCUAAUCUUAAAAUAAGAGGAUUCAGCUAUUA